AUGGACGAACCACAAAACGACGAACACAGCUUCCAAGGCGAAGCCACUCAACCGACGGAAGAAAUUAUCGCUGCGCUGAACGCCAGCAACGCCUCCGAACAGUCCAACCCUCCGCAAAGCGAAUUCGAUGGCCUAUUCUCAAAACUAUCGGAGAACCCGUACGACCCUGAUGGCUGGAGAAGGCUUAUUGACCUUGCAAACGAGAGUGGUGAGAUUACCAAGAUCCAACAAGCCUACAACGAACUCUUGAAGCAUUAUCCAAAUACCUCUGCUGCUCAAAUCGCGUAUAUAAACCACUUUCUGAACAAAGAAGACACCUUCACAGAAGCCGAACAACUCUUUAUCAAGUUUCUGAGAACCUCUCCCAGCGUCGACCUAUGGAAAUUCUACCUAACUUAUGUCCGGCGUCGAAAUGUAGGGCCCGCAACGCGGGACAUUGUCCGAAAAUCAUAUGAGUUUGCCCUUCAACACGUCGGUCAAGACAAGGAGUCCGGUGAAAUCUGGAACGACUACAUCCAAUUCCUCAAGGCAGGCGAAACGUCCUCAACAUGGGAAGAACAACAGAAGAUGGACGCGCUCCGCAAAGUGUACCACCGUGCCGUGCAAAUCCCUCUGGACAACGUCGAGCGGCUCUGGUCAGAGCUUGAGACCUUCGAGAUGAACCUCAACAAGAUCACCGCGAAGAAAUUCAUGUCCGAUCUCUCGCCUGCCCAUAUGCAGGCCCGAACAACUCUAAGGCAACUUUCAAACCAUAUGAACGGUUUAUAUCCCCCAUCGUCCUCCAAUAACGACCUCUUUUUGCCGUCACAGCCCAAGUUUGAUGCCGCAGAACGCAGUCUCGUCGGCAAGUGGAAAGCCUACCUGAAGUGGGAAGAAAGCAACCCCCUGGAGCUCGAAGACAAGGACAAGCAGACUUUUAUCACCCGGUUACAGGGUGUCUACCGCAAGGCCGUCAUCAGAAUGAGGUUUUAUGCGGAAAUCUGGUUCAUGGCAUAUACUUGGACGAACAGUGUAGGCAAGACCGAUGAAGCCCUGGCUAUCUUGAAGGCCGGAAUGGAAGCCGUUCCGUCAAGUUUCCUGCUCACGUUUGCUUAUGCCGAAGCAAUGGAGCUCAAGAAGGAUUUCGCUGAGGUUCAUUCCGCUUACGAGAAACUUUUGAGUGUCCUUGUGAAGGAGCUGGAAGCGCUCGAGAAGUCUACGGCCAACGCCAACACCAAUGGAACACAGCAAAAUGGAAGUAACCCGAAUAACACCAACGAUACCUCGUUCAAUAGCCAGUCGUCCGAUGACAAGCCACCCAAGAACAGUGAGCUACAGGAAAAACGGACAGAGUAUGGCUUAGUAUACAUUAUGUACAUGCGAUUUGCUAGACGGACAGAGGGGUUGGCUGCUCUGCGGAGGGUGUUCGCCAAGGCCAGGAGAGAUCGCUUUUCUCCUUGGGAGGUGUACGAAGCGUGUGCGCUGAUGGAAUACCAUUGCUUCGACGACAAGAACGUUGCCAGCAGAAUCUUUGAGAAAGGUUUGGAGCAGUUCGGUGACGAAAUCGAUUACGUCCUCCGAUACCUCGGUUUCCUCAUCAGCAUCAACGACGGGAACAAUGCACGAGCGUUGUUCGAGCGUGUUAUCACAACAUUCUCGCCUGAGAGGGCACGUCCUCUAUGGGAGCGAUGGGCGAGGUACGAGUACCAGUACGGAGACUUGGAAUCAGCUCUUAAACUCGAGAAACGAAUCGCCGAGGUCUACCCAACUGACCCUCCCAUCAAGCGUUUCGCUCAACGGCAUAUGUAUUUGGGCACCGAUGCCAUCGCUGCUCGGGAUCUCGGGUUCUCAAUGGCCAAACGGGCUGGCACGUCUGCCUCCUCUUCCAACAAUUCACUCGGCCGCACCGAAACAUCAGGAUCACUGCUAACCGGUUUGGGACCAUCGAAUGCGGCCAAACGACCUGCUUCGCCGGACAACUAUCGUAAUCCGAAACGCGACGAUAAAGGCGGCGACUAUGGCGCUGGGCAUAAACGUGCCAGAGGUCCGGCCUCGCCUGCACGUGAACGCGAGAUACCGCCGCCCAGGGAUAGGGAUCGUGACGUGCAGAUGCGGGAUAGAGAUAGGGGGGAUAGGGGAGAUAGAUGGAAUGACAGGGGUCGAAGAGGAUCACCUGGCCCGGGUGGAUGGGACAGAGAUCGGGAUGAUAGAGAUGGUGGUCGUGGUCGCGGUGGUCCCGCUGGCGGCGGGCGCGACGGUGGCCGGGAUUACCCUCGAGGGCCUCCCGAACCACAGAUCCCUCCUCUUGUAUCAUGGUUUAUGGGAGAACUUCCACCAGCCGCUAGCUUCGACGGGCCCAUAUUUAAGACGGACGAUCUCAUGAAAGCUUUCAAGCAAGCGCAAAUACCAGCUGCAGCACCGGCGGGUGGACAUGGCGGGCCAGCUGCUCCAAUGGGCCCUCCACACUCUACAGCUGGUAGAAAUCGGUCACCCGCACCCACAUAUCCCCAGCAUCGUGGAGGUGGGCGGCCACCGCCGGAUUAUGGUCCAUAUCAAGGGCCAGGGGGCGGUCGGGCGGCUGGGCGGCGGUACUAA